AGAGGCAUGACAAACCAGAAAUCCCUGCCGAGCUGUACAUAUGUAUCACAUACCUAUAUUGCCUCGCUACUAGUGUAUAAAACCGGCAUUUGCCUUUCCUUGCCUUCUUGGCGACCGAGUCAGAUACCUAGUCCAUAUGGUGGAACGGGGGGAAAUCGGUCCCCUAACAAAUGCCGCGGUUGUGGUUACGCAAGUAGGUAGACGGGUAAGAAUUAUACGUACGCCAGCAGCAUGUUUCUCGCUAUUCAGUGAGUUGGGAUUCAGCAUUGCGACCCAGACAUGGCGCUCCGUUUAUUCUACACGUACCAAGAAAUGUACAAAAGUGGGGGAAGGACACAAAAGAAACAACAAAUGGGAGAGAAGGACAAAAACAAAUAGGGCAGAUCGGCUCGCCACAUGGGUGAUGCAGGAUGUCUUAAGGAGUGUGGCAAAUAUGGGUUUAUUUUCCGACCCGUCCCGCCUACGACUCUCCCUACGGCGGAGGUACUUCAGAUCAUCCCCCAUGCCCAAUAACACCCGUUCUUUCCAGAUCUUCUCGGCACCAUCGAGCCAGUCGAGUCGCGAAACGCCGAGCUCGUUGUUGGUAUGCCUCGCUGGGGCGCCACCAUCGACCGCACGCCGCAAUCAGGCAUCUCGCGAAAUCGUAGGCGAGUCUUGGUUGGUUGGCGCCCUGUCCCCCAAGGAGCUGAGGAUGAGUAGCAAUGUGAGAUGUGAGGCGGGUGAGAGCAAGUCCAGAUAG